AUGUAUGCGUGGGAAAUUCCGUUCCAAAAAGUAGUAGGGCAAAAACUUAUGGAUGAGCUGAAUCAAAUAAAAAUUGCCUCCGUGCUAAGGGUUGUAUUCAAUGGUUUUAUGAUUUUUACAGAAAGAGCAGCCCUUUUUAUAACCGUUCUAUCGCUUAUUUUGCUUGGAAAAGCCGAUAUUUAUCUAUUGGACGAUCCGCUGUCAGCCGUGGAUGCAAAUGUGGGGCGUCAGCUUUUCGAAGAUUGCAUCAAUGGUUAUUUACGACAAAGCACAAGAAUUUUAGUCACUCGUCAAAUACAUUUCCUUAAAGCACAUAACUACAUCAUUGUUAUAAAUGAGAAAGUUGAAGAAAAAGAGAAAGCAAGUUUAAAAAAGUCUGUGUCUAUCAGUGAACCCGAAGAGCUAGAACAAUUUGAGGAGCAAAAGAUGGCUGCUGAAGAAAGACAAUCGGGAAAUCUUCGGUGGGAAGUUAUUUCUACAUACUUUAAGUCCGGAGGCAGCUUCUUUUUAGUAUCGUUCACUUUCUUAAUACUCGCUAUGACCUCUACAUCAGCAGCUGCUGUAGAUUAUUGGGUCAGUUUCUGGUCCAACCAAAUGGCAAAGUAUCAAGAAGAAAUAGGCAAUGCAAGGGGAAUCGUGGGUGGAACCGGCGCCGGCAAGUCAUCCUUGAUAUCUGCGUUUUUCAGAUUUGCGGACAUCGACGGAAAGAUAACGAUCGACGGAAUUGAUACUGCUAUGGUAGGCAUGAAAGCGGCUGUUCCCUCUUUAGACUUCAAGGUGACUGAAGGUGGCUCCAACUUUUCUGUUGAUCAAAGACAGCUCAUGUGCUUAGCGCGCGCUGUGCUUCGGUCCAAUAAAAUAUUAAUAAUGGAUGAGGCUACAGCAAAUGUUGACCCACAGUAUGUAUUGUGA